AUGUCGACCAAAACUCCUUGCAGGUAUGUCCUCUCUUUAAUAACACUCCUUUUGUGUGAGUCGUUUUCAAUUUCAUCAGAUAUUGACACUCUAAUGGAGUUUUACAACACCUUGAAAGAACUUCCCUUGUCAAAUAUUCGUCCAGUUCGAAACCAGAGUCACGUCGUCACAGUUUACAUAGACCUGAUCCUUCAUUCAGUUGUAUCGUACGACGAAAAGACUGGAACGCUCUCUUCCGUAAUUGUUGUGAAUAUGACAUGGACUGAUGAAUUGGUGCGGGAUUAUUUUUCUAAAGAAUUUGAGGAUGAAGUUCCUAUUCCCGUGUCUUUGAUCUGGAGUCCAGGUUUUUCCAUUUACAAUACAGUAACAGAGGACAUAUCACUGAAAAUUAGUGAAAUCCAGUUGCAUAAGAACGCCUUUUUAUCUCCUGAUGGUAGAAUGCGAAAUCUGAUCGUGGGUUUAUCUACUACGAAAUGUGACGCAAAUAUGUUCUAUUAUCCUAUGGAUGAGCAAAGAUGCGAAAUACAUUUUGUGAGUGAAGAACCAUUCAACAAAGUGGUAAUUAGGCCAACACGAGGCAUGUAUCUCGGAGGAUCAACUGCUCUACAAAAGAACGAAGAAUGGGAAAUAGCGGAUGUGACGUGUAAAACAGACAUGAUUUCUAACUAUUCGAAAAUAAUAAUUUCUUUCAAAAUGACCAGAAAGUCGAUGCAUCUUUUCAUGAACUUUGUGGUCCCACUCAUGUACCUCUGUUUACUGAAUCUGUUCGUAUUCCUUCUUCCAGAGUCCUCCGGGGAGAGGGUGUCGUACGCAGUGACAUUGCUUCUGGCUCUUAUUUUGUAUCUGAACAUGAUAGCUGACCGCCUACCAAACACUGCACCUGUUAGUCUUAUCAACAUCAACAUUGUCAUCCAAUUAAAUACAAGUUGCUUUGUUGUGCUGAUGACAAUCUUAACUCUCAGGAUGUAUGAAAAGUCGCAAACUGACCAACCAGUUCCAUGGUUUUGGAAAGUGUUUGUGUCAGUGACAUCAGCUAAGUGUCUUCGAAAACCACAACGUAAGAUACAUGUCAUAAACGUGAAGGAGGCAGAAGUAAAAGACGAAAAGGAGGACGAAAAUGACGAUGAAGAAGUGCAAAAAUCAUUUGAUAACAAGACAGGAGUCACGUGGGUUGACGUAUCCCGUGCAGCAAAUCAGUUUCUUUUCUGGAUGUUUUUUGUUUUGUUAGUUAUUCAGUCUGUUGUGUUUUUCGUUUUGUUAAUGUGUCGUCCUGUGCCAUUGUAA